AUGCAUACCUUUACCAGGCUGUGUCCCAAUUGCAAUAGGGAGUUCCCUUCGAUCGAAGCAGUCGUUCUGCAUCUCAAUUCACAGUCUACCUGCUGGCCGCACAAAGCACGUUCACAACAAUCAGCCGUUCCCCCUGGGUUGCGAGGUCCGCCAUCUAAUACCACUGGCCAUUGUCAUCCUCGCUCUGGAUACGUCUUUGGUAUCGGUAAAAACCUAUAUGACAGGUUGCAGGACGAUCAAUAUAAUUAUCGGCAGGAGAUAAACACUUAUUAUCCUUUCCAUGACGAGGGGGAGUGGGAAUUAGCUAGUUUCUUGAUUCAAAACCUGAAUCAGACUCAAAUUGACAAGUUCUUGAAGUUGAAAUGGUUUAGCACUCGCCCAAAACCAUCUUUCACCUCAAAAGAUCAACUUCUAGAUUGGAUGGACGCACUACCCUGUCUUGCAGAGUGGAAAGUUUCAAAACUAGAGUUUACAGGCUACAAGACUGUCCAUCCCAUUCAGCUCAUUUGGCGCGAUGCUCUGGAAGUCGUCAAACAACUUUUCAGUGACCCAGUUUUCACCAAUAAUAUUACCUUUCAGCCCCACGUAGUUCAUGUUGGGAAUCAGCGCGAGUAUGGAGAUUAUAUGAGCGCUGAUUUAGCAUGGAAAAUUCAGGACUGUCUCCCAUUAGGUGCUACACAAGUACCGAUCAUUUUAGGGUCCGACAAAACUCCCGUGACGAGGACCACUGGGGGACUCGAGAUGCACCCCAUCUUCAUCACCAUCGGUAACCUUGAUUCAGAAGUUCGCUCCAAGGCCACACUCCGAGCUUGGCGCUGUAUCGCUUACAUGCCCGUCGCUAAGUUUCGCGUGCAUCCCGAUUAUCAAACCAUUCUUCAGGCGCAGCUGUGGCAUAAGUGCGUUGACCUUGUCUGCGCCAACCUUAAACAGGCAGCCAAGACAGGCUGCUUUAUGCCUGAUCCUUCCAGAUUUAUUCGUUAUGUCUAUACGCCACUCGUCGCUCACAUCUCCCAAACAAUUGAUGUUUGGGAUCUCGACAAAUUCCAGAAGGCAGCCAAAGCUGUCCAUCUAUCUGGAGUCCACAUGCCAUAUUGGCGUGACUGGAUCUACGCAUGUCCGUCUGUCUUUCUCGCUGGCGAGAUCUUGCACACCUGCAUCAAAUUUUUUGCUGACCAUCCGCUCACCUGGAUCAAGGAGGUAGUAGGAAAAUCCGAACUCGAUGCUCGCUACAUGAAUCAGCAUAAGCGGGUGGGAACACGCCACUUCACCAAAGGUAUCACGCACGUCAACCAGAUGACAGGUCGUGAGCAUCGAGAUAUUCAACGCACCAUUGUUGCUUCGAUUGCAGGUGUUGCUCCACCUAACUUCAUUCGCGCAAUCCGUGCCCUCGUUGACUUCAUUUAUCUUGCCCAAAAUCCGAUUCAUUCUGCAGAAACCUUGUCGUCAAUGAUGCAGUCCCUUUCAGACUUUCAUACAUUCAAGCACGCUGUCAUCGAGGCCCAGGCUCGGAGGGGGAAGAAAAAUGUUAAGGAAGAUUUCUUUAUUCCUAAACUCGAGUUGCUCCAAAGCUUCAGAGGCACAGUCGAGAGACUGGGCACUUUGAUGCAGUUUUCGGCGGAUAUGACGGAGCGCUUGCUCAUUACUCACUGCAAGGAUCUCUUUGUACGAACAAAUCGACGAGUCAACGACUUCGUGGAACAGUCUGUACGGAUUCUCAACCGCCAGGAGUCAAUAGAGCUGUUUAAUUUGUACGCACUGUUCCGUUCUCAUCAUGCAUCACUUGUCAAUGUGAUAUGCACUGAGGAUGAGGCGGUGACAACCGUCAAUCCAGCGCUCUCCUGGGUUUCUCGUGUUCUCCCUGAUGAAUCGCACUCUGUUCACGGACCUCGGCCAGUUCGUAACCAUUUCCUCAAGGGCAUUCUUUCCGGAGAUGCACUCACUGCCUUCCAUCUGACGUCGACACCAGAUUUCAAAUCUUUGUCGCCCACCGACAUUCAUACCAUAUAUUCGCUCAUUGAUUUUGAUCAUGCACUCUCUCAGUUCAUCAAAUGUUUUUCUCUUUCCACCGGCGAGCAUACCCGCUGGGACCACAAAUAUGGACGCUUUCAUGCAUGGAAAAAAUUUCGAUUACAGCUUCAUUCGGCCUUCCGGCCACGGCUGAUCAUGCCCAGCAGAGUGAUCCAGGCGUAUCCACCAGAUAGCGGAUUUCCCCUCGGAAACUGUGAUAAUGUCCUCGUCGACGUCACAGGCGACGAUGGCCAAACCAUAAGUCGUAUCGCACAAGUUCGACUUAUUUUUCAACCGACUCUUCCACGUGCUUCUGACCUAGUUUUGCCAUCAUAUCUAUCCCAUCCGCUGCUCUAUAUUCAGUACUACGACUUUGUCGCCAGUCCCAAUGACCGGCCUGAACUCGCGAUGUGGACAGUAGAACGCUCAUAUGUGGAAGACCAACACGGCAAACACAGAUGUGGUGGUGUGGUUCCAUUGACAAGUGUAACACACACUGUCGAGUUGAUCCCAGAAUAUGGCCAAAAGGUGGACGAAAAGAUUUCUUCAGCCAUUUGUUUGGAAAAGCUACUGCUACUAAGUAGGUCCUCCGAAUUAACAAAGUCUUAUGCAUUCACAAAUCAUUCUCAUCUGUUCACCGGUUCACUGAUGACUAGUCUUCACAGCGACUGUCAGCCUAUCAGAUAA